AUGUACGCAAUGCCAGAUCGAACUGCGGCCACUUUGAUGGAAAAAAUUCAGGCCUGCAUCACCUCCGGCUCAAUCGUCAUCUCCGAUAUAGGUGGAGGCGUAAUGCCGGACAGUGUCGGCAAGAAGUCAGUCUUCGAAGGGGAACUUGGCUGGAGCGGUCUAGGGACAGUAAUUCUAUUCAUUCAUUGCUGGUCCGAAAAUUUGGCAAAAAUCAAAUUCUGCUCAGAGGAAUUAUCUAUUAGCCACACGACCGCUGCUGACUGGAAGAAAUUUCUUCGCGAAGCUUGCGCCUGGCGGCUUUUGAAGACUCCAACAGCUAUCGGCGGCCCAGGUCUACACGUCGAGAUCGAUCGAACGCUGAUAUCUCGCCGUAAAACCACACAGGGCGCGUCCUUCCCAAGUAGUGGAUUUGUGGAGGGAUCUGCCGGGAAACCAAAGAGGUGA